GAGAAUGCUGCAGCUGACAAGUUAGAUCAAGAGAAACAUAAUGCUAUGAUCAGUGGUAAUGAUAUCAAAGGAACCAAUGAUGUACACAGUACUGCUACUGGGCCAGCUCCUCCUACAGGUAAUAACAAGCCAUUGAUUAGAAAUCCUCCACUCUCUCCUAUUGCAUUAAUGGAUAUACCAGAUGAUAGACCAAAAGUAUCUGAAUUGAUAGAGUUUCAUGAGUUAUUGAUCAAAGGACAACUGGAGGAGUCUGUACCACUGCUUGAUGCUGAUACUAUGAGAAAGAUUAGAAAUGCUGUUAAUGAUCAUGAAGGAAUGUCUCUUCUUAUAAGAACAUUUGAAGAACAUCCAACACUGCUACAUGAAAUGAGAGUAGCUACUGGAAAAAUAAAAGGUUCAUCACAAAAGAUAAAGUUUCCUCCUCCAAUAGCACCUAAGCCAAAAUCAUUAUCACAAAGUGGGCGAUCUCAACCAACGUCAAUAGCAAAAGUGCCACAGCCACUUUCACAAACCACACAACCUCCACCAAUAGCACAUAAAUCAAGUCGAUCUCAAGAUUCAUCAUCAGCUCCACAUGAUCCAACAGGAACAGUACUGCAAGAUAAGGAGGGGAUGAAAGAUCCAUCAUCAUUCAAACGAAUGGAAGAAUCAAUGUCACCAGAAUAUAAUACAAUGAAAAAGAUGUUAGCUGAUCUUGUUGAUCUUUUGGCAGGAAAUGCUCCAGUUAUUUCUCAAUUAAAUAAUCAUCUUUUUUCAUCUGAUCUCAUUUCUAAAGCAGUACAUGUUACUGUUGAAAGCACUGCAGGACUCACUCCUUAUGAUAGAGCUAAUAAAAUAUUCUCUUCAGUACUAGCAACACUUGAGUGUCAUCUUAAUCCUAACAGUGUGUUCUCUUCUCUCAUUAUGUCACUACAGAAAGUAGGACUGAAUAACAUGGCAUCUAAACUAAUGAAAAAUUUAAAAAUGAAAGGUGGUUUUGUUGAUCCUACUUUAGAGCAGCAACCAUCAGUCAGUAAAAGACCACUUCAAUCAGUGGAUGUCACUGCACAAUCUCACAGACCACAACCAACAAUCAUUCAUUCACAAUCAUCUGCUCCUACUACUGUCAUUGAGCUCAGUUCAAAGAGUGAAGUUGCUGUCAAUAUUGGAAGUCUUAAUUCUCGUUUUGCAUCUCUUGAUUCUAAUAUAAGAGAUGAGUUUGAGGAGCUGGUUGAAAAAGGUAGAGUGAAGCUUAAAGCUGUAGCUAGGAGUGCAGCUGCUUAUUUAGACAUACCAGUUUUCACAUUGAAAUAUGGUAAUGUUGAUGAAUUAUUUGAUUCUCUUAAAAAGUAUUGCAAUUUCUUCAGUUGUGGUGUACUUAAACACUUGACAGACACUUACCUUUCAAAUACACAAACUGAACUAACUCAAUACAUUGAUAGUGUUGAUAAAUUCUCAGAAUUAUCACAAUUGAAGCACAUACGAUCAACAAUCAAAGACAAAUUGUCAUCAUUACCAGCAGCAGCCUCACCAACCACUAGUGAUCAAACAAAACCAGUUGUUAUUAAACUGAAUGACAGAUGGGAAGAAAUGACUCUCAAUAACUUUAAAAGAGUUCUUCAGUAUUACUUUGGUCAUAAAGUAGCUGAUAUUUCUAGUAUAGUGGACAUUGAUUUCAGCUCAGUUGUUAUAACACUGUUAAUACCAACCUCACUAUCACAGUCUCUUAUUGAUACAAUCAGCAACAAAAUGAACUCGAUGAGUAAAUUAGGAAUAUCGGAAGUUGCUUUUGACAAUAAAGUGAGUCCUUUCAGAAAAGUAGACUAUGGCAAUUUUGACAUUUCACUUCAUGAGUCAGUUAAAGCUGGUGAUAGUUUCGAAGUAUCAAUGCUACUGCAGUUAGGAGCUGAUCCUAACAGUAAAGAUGAGAGAGGAAAGAGUGCAGUAGAGAUAGCUAAUAAAGGAGGACACACUCAAAUAAAAGAAAUACUUUUGAGUAGUGGAGCUCAAAAGCAACUGUGUGCUCAAGACUACAAGCCUCCACUCAGUAAAGCUCAAAAGGUUCCUUGUAAAGAUUUUAACUAUCAAGUUACUGGAGGAAACAUUGCUGCUAUUGAGUUUGGAACUACAUCAGUUUCACUGGCCUGCACAACCAAAGGAGAUGAUGCUGUCAGUACAUUCAGCCUUGAUGAUGAAGAAAGAAUUACCCAUGUUUCUAAUACUGUCCUGUUUAAAAGAGAAGGAAAAGCAAUAUCAUUGAUAGCUUUUGGGAAUAGAGCUAGAUCUCUGUUUACAACAGGAAGGAAAUCUGGAGGCUAUGAUAAAGAGAUUAUUUAUUCUGAAAAAAUUAAAAUGAUACUAAGAAGGGAAAAGGGUGUUGACAGACAGACACUGGUUGAGUCAUUUUCUGGUGAGAAGUUUUAUCUGAUUGAAGUCAUUGCCUUUAUACUGCAGUACUUGAAGGACCAGUUGAUAGACCGUCUCUCUCGUACUGUCAGGCCAUUGAAGACAACAGAUUUUGAUUGGGUCAUUACUGUACCUCAUGCUAUAUGGGAUGCACGAGGAAAAAGAAUGAUGAGAGAAGCUGCUUAUAUGGCUGGUUUGCUAACAGAGUCUAAAAGGAUCAGUGAGUUUACUCCUAUAUCAAGUAGACCACUACCAGUACCAGAUGAAGUUAAUCCUGACAAGCUAUCAUUAGCAUUAGAGCCUGAAGCAGUAGCUCUUUAUAGUCAGGAAACAGUAGUAGAGCAGGUCAAAGGUCAACCAUCAGCAGCAGUUAUCAGUCGUCCUACAGAGUAUACGGUGAUUGAUGUUGGAGAUGGUACAAUAGAUAUCACUGCUCGUGUUGAAGUAGAUGGAGGUAUUGUAGUCCAGAAUGUACCUACUGGCAAUGCAUGGGGUGGUACACAGGUAAAUGAAGAGUUCUCUAAACUACUUCAAGAGAUUGUAAGUGAUCCUGGCUUUAAAAAGCUUAUUGCUUUUGAAGAUUGUAAAAAAAAUCAAGCUACACUAAAUAAUAUUGUGUACAUCGAAUUUGAACAGCAAAAGAUGCUUUUUGGUCAAGGAAAAAUAAAAGAAAUUGCAGUAGGACUUACACGAAACUUUGUCAGAUGCUAUGAGAAAGCUCUUAUCACAGGAGUUGAAAAAAUGUGUGGCAUAGAGUAUGAUGAAGAUAUGAAUGACACACUUUUCAUUGAAGAAAGUGUCACAGAGUCUAAGCUGUUUGGUCCAGUUAUCCAAGGCAUUAUUGAUUGCACACUGUCAGCUAUUGAAAAAAUUGCCAACUGCCCCAAUACAUUUUACCUGGUUGGUGCUUUUGGAGGGUGCAAGUACGUUCAUGAAAAGAUCAGUGCUGCUAUAGAAAGUCACUAUCAGUCUAAAGGUCACAAAGGCACUUGCUCUGUGAUACUACCUCCUACUCCUCAUUUAGCUGUUGCUGCUGGAGCUGUUAUGUGGCGUAAGAAUCCUAAAAAACUCAAAGCAAGACGAGCUGAUGCAACUUAUGGAAUCGGAAUUGCGGCAAUAUUUGAUCCUAUAAAACACGAUGAAGCUUUUAAGUAUUACAAUGAAGAAACCUGCUGUAUUGAGGUGUGCAAUGCACUUUUAGAGAAAGGUAAGUUAGUUGGGGCAGAUCAAGUUGUUACUACAACCAUAACUCCAGAACAAGAAGAUGCAAUAAAAAUGAGCAUCAUCAUCUAUUCAACACCACAUUCUAAAAUUCAGUAUGAGAAUAAGAAAACCAGUGUUACUGUAAUUGGUGAACUAGUCAUCGAUGUUCCUAAUGCAGACAACUUGCCCCUUCACAAGCGUGUGGUUGAUGUCACACUGGAUUUCACUCAUACAGAGAUACAUGCAAGAGCCUACUAUCGUGUGACUGGUGAAGAAGUUAAAACUGUCUGUGACUACAUUUAAAAACAUUAUAUACAGCCAGCUGUUUGAUUUAGCUAUUUUAAUUUUAAUAGUAGCUAUUUUUUAGACUUA